UACUCAUUUAUCACAAUAAAUGACAUUCCCUAAUUUAGUCUCUUUCUACCCGUCAUGUUGGCACGACCACUGACAAAUUAAUCACCAAGAGGAGGUUUGGUGUUAAUGCCUAUCAAAAUGCCCACCACUCCGCCCCAGAUAUCCCCCGUGGAAGAUCAGGAGAAGUAUCUCCAAGAUGCGUUAGGGGUGGUCAAAGCGCAAGCUUUUCACAUGAAGAGGGCCCUCGACAAGAAUAAGCUAAUGGACGCUUUAAAGAACGCAAGUGCCAUGCUUGCCGAAUUGCGGACGUCUCUACUAUCACCCAAGAGUUACUACGAGCUUUAUAUGGCCAUCACAGACGAGCUGAGACAUUUAGAACUGUACCUCCUUGAUGAGUUCCAAAAGGGUCGCAAAGUCACAGACUUGUAUGAACUGGUGCAAUAUGCUGGCAAUAUUGUGCCCAGAUUGUAUUUACUCAUCACUGUCGGUUUGGUCUACAUCAAAACAAAUUACGCUCUGAGGCGAGAUUUGUUGAAAGAUCUGGUGGAAAUGUGUCGAGGGGUGCAGCACCCAUUACGGGGACUUUUUCUUCGCAAUUAUCUCCUGCAGUGUACGAGGAAUGUACUGCCAGACGCAGCCGACACAGACGUGGACACUCCUGAAGGCACAGUCAAGGAUUCAGUUGAUUUUGUGCUGAUGAAUUUUGCCGAAAUGAAUAAGUUGUGGGUGAGAAUGCAACACCAAGGUCAUUCGAGAGAGAGGCAGCACCGAGAGAGGGAAAGAGAGGAACUGAAAAUUUUGGUCGGGACGAACUUAGUUAGACUGAGCCAAUUGGAGUCUGUUACGCUUGAAAAGUAUCAGAAGUUGGUUCUGCCGGGAAUUCUAGAACAGGUUGUUAGUUGUCGAGACGCCAUUGCUCAAGAAUACUUAAUGGAAUGCAUUAUCCAAGUAUUCCCUGACGAAUUUCACAUCAAGACCUUAAACCCCUUUUUAAAAUCGUGCGCUGAACUAGAGGCAGGUGUCAAUGUAAAAAAUAUAGUCAUCAGUUUAAUGGAACGCUUAGCGUCAUUUAGUCAACGGGCGGAUACUCAAGGGGGCGAAGGAGCCACUAUUUUGCAACAGGUCCAACUCUUUGAAGUAUUUUCCGACCAAGUGGCCUCGAUCAUAACGACACGUCAGUACUUGCCACCUGAGGACAUGAUAGCCCUCCAAGUCGCUUUGGUUAAUUUAGCCUUGAAAUGUUAUCCCGAUCGAAUCGAUUACAUAGACAAAGUUAUGUUAACGAGUGUUGAGGUUUUCCAACGUUUAGGUCUUGAACAUCUCGAAUCUAGUUCUUUAGUUUCCAAAGAACUACAAAAGUUGUUGAAAAUACCCCUUGAUAAUUAUAAUAAUUUGUUGAUUAUACUGAAGCUAAAACACUAUGCUGGGUUGAUGCAGCAUUUGGACUACACAGGACGGAAAUUGUUGAGUAUUUAUAUAUUAAAUAACGCGCUUGAUAAUGAGACUGUUAUUCCGACUCAAGAGGAGACUGAGCAGGCUUUGAAUCUUCUAAGUCCUUUAGUUAACGAUAAAGAAGAGCAGCCACUUGGUGAGGUCGAUUUGGAGGAGUUGGCUGAAGAACAGUGUCUUCUGGCGAGGUUUAUUCAUCAGUUGCGUUCGAAUGUGGCAGAUGACCAGUACCUGAUUCUCACAGCGGCGCGGAAGAUUUUAGGAGGCGGCGGCCCCCAACGCAUGAAAUACACUCUCCCGCCGCUCCUCUUCCAAGCUUACCUACUCGCCUACAAAUACAAAGAGCUAAAAGACGAAAAAUGGGAAAAGAAAUGUCAAAAGAUCUUCCAGUUCUGCCACUCGACGAUCACGGCUUUGGUCAAAGCAGAACUGGCUGAGCUCCCUCUGAGACUUUUUCUUCAAGGGGCUCUCGCUAUCGAUCAGAUCGGUUUCGAGAAUCACGAAACCGUAGCCUACGAGUUCAUGUCUCAAGCGUUUUCGUUGUACGAAGACGAAAUAUCCGAUUCGAAGGCACAGUUGGCCGCCAUUACGCUAAUCGUGGGCACCCUGGAGCAAAUCAGUUGUUUCUCAGAGGAAAAUUCCGACCCGUUGAGAACGCAGUGCGCUUUAGCGGCCAGCAAACUACUGAAAAAACCCGAUCAGUGCAGAGGUGUCGCCACCUGUUCGCAUCUCUUCUGGAGUGGGAAGAGUCUAGCUAGUAACCGAGAGGAGACCCACGACGGCAAAAGGGUGGUGGAGUGUUUGAAAAAAGGCCUGAGGAUAGCAAAGCAGUGCAUGGACGUCAGUGUUCAAGUGCAGUUGUUUGUUGAGCUCUUGAAUCACUACAUUUAUUUCUUUGAGAAGGGGAACGAUCAAGUGAGCGUGCAGAUUCUGAAUCAGGUUAUCGGGAAGAUUAAGGAAGAGUUGCCGAAUCUGGAGAAUUCGGAUGAGACUGAACAGAUCACGAAGCAUUUUAAUAAUACUUUGGAGCAUUUGAGGUCGAGAUUGGAGACGCCUGAUGCGGAUGGGGUGUCAUACGAAGGGCUGGAAGUUUAAUUGUUUAAAAUGAAAUUUUAGAUUAGUUGUGUAAUAAGACUAUACUUGUUUGUUAAUUAUAUUAAUUUUUUAAUAUAUGUAUAUUAUGAACGCUUAAAUAUAUGAAAGCACCAAUGA